AGGGAGCGUCGAUUGGCGGAGAGGACAGGGGGCUUUCUAGAAGAUGACCAUAGAGGAUCUUCCUGACCCUUCCAUAGAAGGAGACUCAUUGACUAGAAGAUACCAGUAUUUCAUUCCAGGCUCUGAAGAUUCAGUAACCUAUUCGGUUUCUGCAGCACCAAUGCCUUCUGAAUGUGAGUUCUCCUUUUUUGAUCCCAAUGAUGCAGCAUGCCAGGAAAUUCUCUUCAGCCCCAAAACGUCUGUGUCUGAACUAUUUGCUAUCUUAAGACAGUGGGUCCCUCAAGUCCAACAGAACAUUGAUAUCAUUGGGAAUGAGAUCAUCAAGAGAGGCUGCAAUGUGAACGACAGAGAUGGUUUGACUGACAUGACUCUUUUGCAUUACACAUGCAAGUCAGGGGCUCAUGGUAUUGGGGAUGUGGAGACUGCAGCCAAAUUUGCCUCCCAACUUAUUGACUUGGGUGCAGAUAUCAAUUUAAGGAGCCGUUGGACAAAUAUGAAUGCUUUGCACUAUGCUGCCUACUUUGAUGUUCCAGAGCUCAUUACUGUCAUUUUGAAAAAUGCAAAGCCAAAAGAUGUGGAUGCCACCUGCAGUGACUUUGAUUUUGGAACAGCCUUGCACAUUGCUGCCUUCAACUUGUGUACAGGAGCUGUAAAGCGUUUAUUGGAACAUGGAGCCAAUCCUGCCUUUAGGAAUGACAAAGGGCAGACGCCAGCAGAUGUAGUUCCUGACCCAGUAGACAUGCCACUGGAGAUGGCAGAUGCAGCAGCGAGUGCCAAAGAAAUCAAGCAGAUGCUCUUAGAUGCAGUACCUCUGUCUUGUGACAUUUCCAAGGCCAUGCUUCCAAACUAUGAUAAUGUCACUGGCAAAGCCAUGCUUGAAUCCCUUGGCUUAAAGCUGGGAGAUCGGGUUGUCAUUGCAGGACAGAAGGUUGGCACGUUACGAUUUUGUGGCCCAACCGAGUUUGCCAGUGGACAGUGGGCUGGCAUAGAAUUGGAUGAAUCCGAAGGCAAAAACAACGGGACUGUUGGAAAGGUGCAGUACUUCAAGUGUGCACCGAAACAUGGUAUCUUUGCACCUCUCUCUAAAAUAAAUAAAGCUUCCGAACACAAAAAGAAAACCAGAGUUUCUUCCUCGCGAAUUUUGCCUACGGUCAAGUCCAAGAAAAUUGACAUAACGCAUGUAACUUCCAAAGUUAAUUCUGGCUUGUCAACAAUGAAAAAAGAGACGACGUCUGACUCCAUGUUUUUGGUCGGCGAAGAAAGAAUGAAAUCUCCACCAGCAACCUCCUUUGGAUCCAGAAGCUCUUCAUCUUCCACUACAUCUUUGGACAAUAAGCAAAAUUGUCCCACGAAGUGGAAUUCCAGAAGCAAGAAGAAGAAGGAAGACUUGAAAGCAAAUUCUGUUGCAUCCAAAGGAGUUGCCGGGGGAAAUAACACUUUUCCGUUAGCAAAGAGGAAUCCUUUUGAUGAAGGACAAAUUCAGAUUGGAGACAGAGUCCUGGUGGUAGGACAAAGAACUGGAAUAGUUAGAUUCUAUGGGGCAACCAAGUUUGCACCAGGGUUUUGGUGUGGAAUAGAACUGGACAAGCCUCACGGUAAGAAUGAUGGUUCAGUGGCCGGUGUGCAGUACUUCAGCUGCCCCCCAAGAUAUGGCGUCUUUGCACCACCAUCCAGAGUGCAGAGACUAACAGGAUCACUAGACUCCCUUGCAGAUGUUUCAUCAAGUAAAAUGAAUAAUUCUUUCCCUGGUUUUCGACGCAGUUUCAGUACAACCUGUGCAUCUUCCCAAAAGGAGAUAAAAAGGAAAAAUUCUUUUGUCAAAUCCAACAACCCUUCGCUGCGGCGCAGUUGGAGCAACACCACCACCGCUACGGCCAGCACCGAGGGCCCUGUGAAGCUGCACGAGGGCUCCCAGGUCCUCCUGAGCAGCUCCAGUGAGAUGGGCACCAUUCGCUACAUUGGGCCCACGGACUUUGCCCCAGGUGUGUGGCUUGGCCUGGAACUGCGGAGCGCCAAGGGCAAAAACGAUGGCUCUGUGGGUGACAAGCGCUAUUUCACUUGCAAGCCGAACUACGGAGUCUUGGUGCGGCCAAGCAGAGUCACCUAUCGUGGGAUUAAUGGGAUGAAACUUGUGGACGAUAUCUGUUGAAGAAAAUGCUCUAACCCUGGGAAGUGAGGAUGUAAGAAAUAAAGUGCACAAAGGAUUCCUGCCCAUCACCUGCAUGGAGUUCUGUCGUAUCUAAUGUCGCACUUCUGUAACAUGAACAGAGCUCUCGCCUGAUUGGAGCGCAUUAGGACUCGGAGGACUGUGAUCUUAAGAGCUUCCCCUACAGAACAGUCCUUGCCUGAGUGCUGCUUGUAUAAAAGACACCUUGGGGUUGAGCUGCCAUAUUAUUUGAAUAAUAGACUGUUUUCUCUCUGGCUCCGUAUUGCCAUGCUUUGCCACUUCACAAAUGAGCUUUUUCAUCCUAUAUCCUAAUGAAGCUGUAAUGUGACUUGAUAUAGCAGAGCUUGUUAAACAAAGGAGUAGGAUUUGUCAGCUGCCUUCGCCUUCUCUAAAAAAAAAAAGCAAUAAAGAAGGAGGAAAAUGACAAUAUUUAAGGAUGGGGGAAAUAUUGAGAAGCUGUUUGCUUAUUAUUCAGACAGCUCCCCCAAAGCACAGACUAACCAAUUGGAAAGAGACGAAUGUGCUCCUUCAAUGCUAUGUACAUAAAAAGCCUGAAUAAAGGGCUGGCAGGGGGAGCUAAUAAAAGAGCACAAAUAUUUUCAGGUUUGUAGUCAAAGCACUUUUUAACAGUAUCUAGGUGUGUGUGUGUGUUUUUAAAAAAGUCAGCAGCAUGCCAGAAGCACUUUCAAAAAUACAGUUGGCACAAAGUUGAUGCACUUUUAUCUCUCCUCUCUGGAGAGUCUUUACCUGAUGUUCAGGAGAAAUGGUUUUCUUAGUUGAGGCGGCAGCCUGUUGCACUGCAACAUUUUAUAUGAACCAAAAGCUCUCUAGUAAAGCUUUCCAGCCAGGAGCUAGAUUGGCCGAUGGGUCACUUUAAGGUCAGAUAGAGAUAACAGGCCAAGAUCAUGUGUGCAUGGAGGUGCACCCCCUCCUGCCUGUAGAAACAGGCAUCCUCCUCGCAUGGGGUGUGUGGGUGUGGAGAGGGAGUGUCUCCCUCUUCUGGUUUGUGACCACCUAAAGUCAUUGCCAGAGUUCUCAGCUUGGGUGAAGCACUUCAGCCUGGUCUGAUCAUGGCUGCCAUAUUGGAGGAGAAGUUGCCAAAAACCUUUGGAUGAUUCCAAUGUUACUGUAGCUGCACGUUUCUCUUCCUCCUAGGAGAGCAACUCAGGAUCUUUAGCUGGAGCCACUGUGUCAAGCCAGCAAAAGUCUAGGGGGUGAGUUAGGCCAUAUGGCAGUUGUCCACUUGAAAUCAGACAAAACUGGAGAACAGCCAAAAUAAUCCAACUGAAUGAAGAGACAGUCUCAGUUGUUGAAAUUUUGUUGUUGUUGAUGUAGCCCCUUGGGCUUCUUCAAGGAAUUUUGUUUUUCUAAGAUCCUGAGGUUUGGUUUCUUCAAUUCCAUUGAGUUGGCUACUUCGCCCACCAACCAUCAGUUGCCAGCUUGGAGUCAAAAAUUAAGAUGGACCUAUAUCUUGGUGCUUGCAUUCCCAGAGCCAUUUGGACUUUGAUGUUCUGUACAGUGCGCAAUAAGAAUUAUCUAUCACUGUGGGCACAUCGUUUAAAAAAGCUCGUCAUAAUGUUUUGUGCGGAAGCCUUUGCUAUUUUUCUGUAAUUGCUACAAUGUUGUGAGAAGCAUGACCUAUUGGUGUAUCUUUAAAAACGCACACAGCAUUUAAAACACUUAAAUAAUGGAGUGAUUAUGAAUUUAUAAUUUCAAUUGAUAUGAAAUACAUCAUACAUCUUAAUUGUUUGGCAUAUUUUAAUUCUUCUUAUAUGUAUUCAGAUAACUUAAAAGCCACAAAAGCCACAAAAUGGCUUCAUUCUUGAAAAUGAGGUAGCUUGUCAAAUUGCACUUAAAAGUCCAUUUAAAGGGAUAUUAGUCUCUUUUUUGACUAAGUUUGAGCUAUUUAUAAAAGUAUGUAUUAUAUUUUCAGCAUUGCUAGAACAAUUAUCCUCAUCUGCAUUAAACAUGAAAAAGCUGCAAUAUUGCUAAUGCAUAUUUUUAAGGUAAUGGUAAUAAAUUGUGACUAUAAACAUGCAUUUAGUUAUAAGUCAUCUGAAAACUAGUGAUAAGUAUUUGAGGAUGCAAAUGUACCUUAAUGCACUGAACCUUGCCAUGGCCAACAUCUGUUUCUUUGUUGUUUAAAUUGUGUUUUUUUUUUCAUAAGACUGCUGUUGAUAGUUGUGUGACUGUAACGAUGCCCAUUGCUUUUAAGAAAAUUGAGCUAUCACAGUAUCCUUUUUUGAAUCACUUUCUUUUUAUGUUAACUUGAAGAUUAUGUAUUUAGGAUAGUGAGCAGCAGCUGUAAUGUAAUAAAGCAGAUGUUUUAAAUA